AAAAAAUCUUGGAUCUAGAAACGCUUAAACCAAACGCGGUCUAAAUCUUUCUUCCCCAAAUUUCAUUGCGCUUCUUUUUCUCUGGGCAUGGCGUUUGGGUGUUUCCCCUGCUUUCCAUCGAGUUACCGCAAAUCUUCAUGCAGAGAAGAUGAUACAGGGCAGAGGCAGAUCAAGUUGAAUCUCAAUAUAUGGUUGUCAAUGCUCCUGUAUUCAAACUAGGUCAGCUUCAUAUCGCCACUGAUAACUUCAAUCAUGAGAAUUUUUUGGGUGAAGGAAGAUUGGGACGUGUAUAUAAGGGUAUUCUUGAAGACGGCCAGGUAAGUUGUCGCCACCUCUUAUUUGCAAAUUUAUUCAUGACUGUUUAUUAUCUCAAACUACCUUUCUAGGAAGUUGCUGUGAAAAAGCUUAAAAUGAAUACCCGACAAGGACGUGCAGCAUUUCGGGCUGAGGUUAAAAUGCUCAGCUGCAUAAAGCAUUCUAACAUUGUCAAGCUGAUUGGCCACCAUGAUGAAGGGAACAUUCAUCGUUUAUGAGUUUAUGCCGUUGAGGUCAUUGGAUCUUUAUUUGUAUGAGCAUGAAAUCAACAAGGAGCCUCUAGACUGGAAGACUAGGAUGGAGAUAGCAGAGGGUGUUGCCAAGGCUUUACUGUAUCUGCAUGAUCAAAAUGAGCCUCCUGUAAUCUAUGUGGACCUUAAAACAUCUGGUAUUCUACUCGAUGAAAAAUUUAAUCCAAAACUGUCCGAUUUCGGUUUUGCAAAACUUGGUCCUACUUGGGAUUGCAGAGAGGCUCCUAUAAAGCUGAUGGAAACAAUAGGUUACGCUCCUCCAGAGUAUUUUAUGACUGGAAAGCUCACUUUGAGACAUGUUGUCUAUAGUUUUGGUGUUGUUUUGCUUGAGUUGGUCGCUGGGCGGAAGGCAAUUCAAGAAAACCUGCCUUUUCUGGAGCAAAGUAUUGUUGCAUGGGCAGGACCACUUCUGGUUAGUAAAAAAUUCACAGAGAUUGCUGACCCAGUCCUGGGAGGACGUUAUCCAGAACAUGAACUUGCUCAAGCUCUUACGGUCGCUGAAAAUGUGUAUCCGAGGAAGUGCUACCAAAAGACCUCCUAUAGCACAAAUUGUGACUGUUCUUUCAGAUAUACUCUCAGAAGCUGAAGGAGAAGCAUGGGACAGGAAAGAAGCUUCUUGAUACAUUUUAACCAACCUUUCUUGUUUUAAAGGUGCUCUCGACACAGUAUGCUGGAAGGUUUUCCAUGGGUAGUCGGUACUUUUCUUUGUUAUGUUUUGGUACAUUCAGAUAAUAUAUGUAUAUUCUUUUGUUUUGAUACACUCUGAUUGAACUCAGUCUGUCCCGGUAGGUGAAUCGGCACAGUUUCCUUCAA